UAAACGUCAUAUGGCAAAUGUCAACUUGGCAAGCAGAAGAAUAAUGUUUAGUUAUUAUUGAGGAUUGUUUGUGCGUUUCUCAAUCUAUAAGCGAUGGACAUUGAUAGUGAAAGUACAGCAACUUCUAUUGAUGAAAACACGGAAAACUUUUGCGAUAAUCCGACGAGGGACACUUUGGCUGAAGGAUUGAUGGGAUUGAUUAAGCCUACAGUUGAUCAACUGGAUGAAAGAUUAAGAGCCACAAGGAUAUCACAAUUGGAAUUGAAGCAGUGCAUUGAAUCAUUGACGGAGGAACUGAAAAAGAUUUCUGAAUCUCAAAGGAACUAUGCUGACAUUGAGAUUUACGUAAAGAAACUGAUAAGUGCAAAGCAUAGGGUCACUGUAUUAACAAAUAUAUUGCAAAGCACCCAUGAUCGUUUGAGCAAAGUGCAUCAAUCUAUUGAGAAGGAAUCAUUGAAGAAGAAGGCUUUAUUGGAGCAUUCAAUUGAAGAUUUGUAAAAAAAAAAUGCAUUUACAGACA